GGGCGAGACUAAUGAGGCUGUCUUAUAGAUAUAAUGUCUCAUGGUAACAGUCCCCCGGAGAACAGAGCUCGAAAGACACUCGCGUAGCAAAUCCCGCCACUUCAGCUACUAAUUAUGUUUUCGCAUCUCGACCUUCCGGCAGCCCCAGCGAUAUGGAGCAAUUGGCAGACAACGGGCGCCAUUGCAUUAUCUACAGUUGUCAGUUCACAUACAAAUAGCCCCAGAGACUGUCUCGCUCACUGACUGAGCGCCGUGUCUCCUAAGGUUUUGGCGUAUUGGAUCUGCAACUUUGUCUAUAAUUCUUACUUCCACCCAUUGGCCAAGUUUCCUGGUCCGUUCGUGGCUCGCGGGAGCCUGGUAUGCCGCUACAACCCGCGCUGUUGGUUGCAGCUUCAACUAACCCAUCGAGGACAGUUAUGGCGAGUUGUGCACACUUCAAGAGGCAGAGUUCACAUGAGCAUAACAGAAUUGCACAAGAAAUAUGGUCGCAUUGUCCGUAUCUCUCCGAAUGAACUUUCCUUUGACUCUGUGGAGGCCAUGAAAGCGGUCCAUGGCCAUCGACCGGCCACCAGUCCCCAGGCACUUCGAUCCGAGUUCUACCCGGUCACUAACUCCGGGUUCAGCCGACGCUGUAUAGGUAGUGAGCAAGACCCCGAAAGACACAAGGAGAUGCGGAAGAUGCUCUCCCCCGCAUUUUCUCAACGUGCCCUUCUUGAACAAGAGUCGAUUAUCAGUGGUAUUGUUGACAAAUUUGUGCGGGCGAUCGGUGAAAAGGCACCGCCGGGAUCUAAGGGUAUCAAUAUGGUCAAGUGGUUCGAGAUGACCGCCUUUGAUAUACUGGGGGACAUGGCGUUUGGAGAAUCCUUCCAUAGCGUGGAGGCCGGCAAACCACAUUACUGGGGCGACAACAUUUUGGAUCACAUUUAUUUGAUCACCGUUAUUGAUAACCUUCGACGGUUUUGGGUGCUGGCUAAAUUGGGAAGAUUGCUUAUUCCAUCCCGAUUUCUUCUGCAGAGUGUAAACUCUCGGUAUGCUAGGGCACAGGUAGAGAAAUGCCUUGAGUCCAAAUCUACCCGAAAGGAUUUUGUGACCUUAUUGGCACAGAAGGUUCGUGAUGGACAGGUAGACAAGGAAGAGAUGGCGGCACACGUGUCCACAUUUGCUGUUGCCGGGGGAGAGACCGUUGCAACCUUCAUGGCAUCGACGACAUGCUUCCUUCUCCAACAUCCUGAGAAGCUUAAACGGGUGGUCUCCGAGAUUCGUGGCGCGUUCAAGUCAUAUGAUGAGAUCAAUGCCACCCAAGCACAACGCUUGCCAUAUCUACAAGCCGUCAUCAGUGAAGGUCUUCGACUUGCACCUCCGGGCUCUCAUGGUCUCGCGAGAAUGUCUCCUGGCUUUGAGGUGCAUGACACAUAUAUUCCUCCAGGUGUCGAGCUUUACACCAGCCUGUGGACCGUAACACAUAGGGAAGAAUAUUUCAGCGAUCCCUUUAAGUUCCUGCCCGAACGCUGGCUAGAUCCCAACUCGAAAGACCUGAAGGAAGCAAGCCAGCCGUUCUUGUUCGGGCCGUGGGAUUGCCUUGGAAGAAAUUUCGCAAUUAUGGAGCUGAACUUGGUGAUGACGAAAAUGCUCUGGACAUAUGAUAUGGAACUGGUUAACACAGAACUCGACUGGUUCAGAGAUGCAAAACUGCAUGGGAUGUGGUGGAAGCCGAAAUUAAUGGUUCGGUUCCACGGACGGUCCGACCUUUGAAUCUAGCAGCAGCCCACCAUAACUAUUGUGUUUAUCUGAGCUUCCCGGUGCGGCAGGUAUACUUAUAUCUGACUACGGGAUAUACCGACGACAGUUGAUGUAUUGGCGCCAUUCUUCUCUUAUCGAUUCUCUGGAUCAGAAUGGCUUUAGUUAAC